CGCGCUCCGAUAUUUUGUCUGCCAGUGAUGGCCGAUGCAACCGAGACCAAGCGGGUUUGUGUGCGCAAGGCUGUCACACGCUCGCCGAGCCUGCCAAGCGCCGUGGUCUACCUCAUUCUUGAAGCGCUCCGCGAUGGAAAGAGCGUGACCGCCUUUCUGGCAGCCCUACCACCAAUGACGCUGCCGCCCGAGCUCAUUGCGCUCCGCGACCUCGGCGCUGUCGUCAACCUCGCCCAGCACUGGCCGGUCGCGCAGAUCACCGAGAUUCCGCUCCAGUACGCUCGGCUUGGUAUGCCAGCGCUACCAGUUUUUGCCGGUGUCUACAUUGAAUCUGGCUUUACGGCCCUCCAUUGGCUCGACGCAACGCCCAAGAGAGCCGUGACGCUGAUCGUGGAUCCAUCCGUGCCUGGCACGCUCACAACAUUUGUGUACAACUGGGGUGAUCGCAUUACCGCUGUCGUUAUCAAGGGUCACAAGGUCCAUCCGGACCCGAUCCCGGACAUGCUUGUGCGCUGCGUCAACGUCCAGAGUGCGAGCAUCGAGGGCGCCGAGACGCAAGCAGCGGCUGCUGCGUACCUUACGGCGCCAUCGAAGCAGCACUUGCGUACGCUCAAGGUGACUGCCAACGCGACGGGCUCGUUGGACACUAGCGCCAUCGUCGCCUGGCUCCAGGGACCCAGUGCAACGUCCCUCGACCUCGCGUGCGCCUCUGUGCGGGAUCCGGCGGCGCUGGCCAGCGCGGUGCAAGCAUGUGCUACGCUCUCAACAUUGCGUCUCGAUGGUGUCGUGGACGUUCAAGCCGCCUUGGCGACGGGCAGUUUGCACCACGUCACGCUCCUCUCGUUGCGCUCGUCAUCAGGGGAGCACGGUAUUCCGAUCCUCGCCACGUUGGAUCGGACCAAGAUUCUCUCUUUUACAUUCGAAAAUACCCAUGCGGAUGUGCUUCCAGUGGCCAAUGCCAUUCGCACGAUGGGGGAGUGCACCGCACUCGAGACUAUGACGCUCACGAAAUGGCGACUCUCGGCUGUGACGACGACCGGCGCUUGUCCACGGCUCGUGACCGCGACGCUGCGUCAACUGACGUGUGCACCGACGAGCGUCUCAAAAAUCAUCCAGUGGCUCUCGACCUCCCGCCGCCUCACACAUGUGGAUUUCGCUGGCACCGUGCUCGGCAACGAAGGCGUCUUGGAGCUGGCGCGGGCGCUGCCUGCCCACGGGACUCACGAAUGA